CAAAGAGUCGACUCACUAGCGACCGACACAUCACUAUUUGGGUCGGGUGUUUAAACCUUAGGCCAUAAUUAUAUAGCGAUCUGGUUACAGUUACUCUAAAUGAAAAUGGCUGGAAAUUGGAAGGAUAGUGAAACGAAGGAACUGCUGUCUAUCCGAUCAGAUGAAGAAAUUAUCCGCCAACUGAACGGCACCGUUCGGGAUGCGGUGGUGUACGAGAAAAUCACCCAGAAACUCAAAGAGCGUGGGGUUUUCAGGGAAAAGACGCAGGUGAUUAAUAAACUGAAAACUCUACGGAAGAAGUUUCACCAAAUUAAACAACGCAACGGCCAAGUGGGAAAGUCCGACUGGCCGUAUUUUGAUAUGUGCCAUUAUAUAUGGGGAGGUGGACGUUCUGCAAACCCCAUGGCGUUGCUCAGUCCUUUAGAGCCUUAUCCCUCUGAGAAUGAUGCUGAAACCGCGCUGAGUGAUACAGAAAUCCUCAAGACUGAGGUGUGCACUGAAUUUGUGCCUUUAAGUCCAGCAGAAUCUCCUCUUUCUCCUCAGUCACCACCAAAUAAAAGUGCUAAGAAAGUAUCACGUGGGGAACAAAUGGUGAAGGACAUGAAAGAGUUUUUCUCAGAAAUGGACAGAGACUUUGAAGAAAGGGAGCGCCUUCGUCUUCUGGAGCAGAGACAGUAUGAAGAGAGCUUAAGGAAGGAGGCAAAAGAGGAGGAGAAAGAAGAGCAUGCCAGGCAAAUGGCCAUGUUUAAAGAGUUACUAGAAUCUCAAAAUGAUCUGCUAAGAGAACUUUUGCAGCGAAUCCCAUCAUCAACUUCCCAGUGGCUUACCCCAUCUAAAAGUAACGGUGAACCUGAAUCCACUGCCAGUGUUGCAAAUAACCUAGAGACCAAGGAGUGCACAAACUUUGUACCCUUUAGUCAUAAUUACCUCAAUCACCACCAAACAAAAGGGCAAAGAAAGUAUCAAAGGAGGAACAAAUAGCCAAGGACAUGAAAGAGUGUUUUGCAGAAAUUGCCAAAACCUUGGAAGAGAGAGAACGUCUUCGUCUCCUGGAACAGAGGCAACAUGAAGAGGACUUAAGAAAGGAGGCAAAGGAGGAAGCACGAGAAGAACAGGCCAGGCAAAUGGCAAUGUUUAAAGAGAUGCAGGAGUCUCAGAAUGGUUUAUUAAAGGAACUGCUGAGGCGUAUGCCUUCACCAACAUUACCGCAGUUAAAUUCUUCUAAGUACUGGAACUCUGGCAAUCAAUCUAGGUUCAAUGCAGACACUGCUGAUAAUAGUGAUGUACAAAACACCUCAGAAAAUGACAUGAUUUUUAACCCACCUUCAUCUACAUCCUUCACAGAGUAAUAACCAUGAUGUUUUUUUAAUUGUUUUUGUACAUUGUAUUUAUUUAGUAGCCGUCUUGAGUGUAAUUCAGUCUAAUUCAGUUGCUCCUGCUGUUAGUCUGAAUCUAAUUUAAAUUUUGGUGCAAUUUGUUACCACACUUAAUGUAAGUAGUUUUUACAUGUUUUCUACAGUGCUUUCUGUAAUUCUUUAUGGACAACUUGUAUUCACUUGCACAUUUGCUUGAUGAUUUCAUCCAAGAAGACAGUAAAUAUUUUUCAAAUAAACAAUUGAUGUCAUUUAUCGUGUAUCACUAAUUAUCAUCGUCAAUCUAAAAUAACUGGUAUUUUGUCAGUGACAGAUUUACAGGACACUGCCAGCAGAAACACACUGAAUGCUGAAAAAAAAUAGUUUCAAAAAUGUUUAGAAAUAAUUAAAUCUUGACAAUAGGUCUGUGGACAGUAAACUAUACAUAGAUGCAUUAUAAAGAAGUCUUUACAAAUACCAGUUGGCCUCCCAAUUGGAAGAAUAUUAAUUUGAAUCCCAGGUCCACAAAACUACCACUACUGGGCUCCCUGUACAGAGUCCCUCUGGAUAAGGGCGUCUGCUAAAUGCUGUAAAUGUAAAUGUCUGUUGAUGUUCUCUCAAUGUCUAUGUGGGUUUUUAUCAGGAUCUCUCCCACCUAAUCCCCUGGUUUUUUCUCCCACCUCCCAAAU